CGGCCUAUGGGGAGGCGGUGCGCAGGUUCCCGGAAGUGGCUCCCAGGGUCAGUGUGUGCUUCUGUUUCCGAGGUGGGCUUCGGGUCUAGUGUUCCCGGGCACUAUGAGCUCCUUCCAGGGACAGAUGGCGGAGUAUCCAACCAUCUCCAUUGACCGCUUCGACAGGGAGAACCUGAAAGCCCGUGCCUACUUCCUUUCGCACUGCCACAAGGAUCACAUGAAAGGAUUAAGAGCUCCUUCCUUGAAAAGAAGACUGGAAUGCAGCUUGAAGGUCUUUCUGUACUGUUCUCCAGUCACUAAGGAGCUGCUGUUAACUAGUCCAAAAUACAGAUUUUGGGAAAACCGAAUUAUAUCAAUUGAAAUUGAAACUCCUACCCAGAUAUCUUUAGUUGAUGAGGCAUCGGGUGAGAAGGAAGAGGUUGUUGUGACUCUCUUACCAGCUGGUCACUGCCCAGGAUCAGUUAUGUUUUUAUUUCAGGGCAGUAAUGGAACUGUCUUAUACACAGGAGACUUCAGACUGGCAAAAGGAGAAGCUUCCAGAAUGGAGCUUCUACACUCUGGGGGCAGAGUAAAAGAUAUCCAAAGUGUGUAUUUAGACACCACUUUCUGUGACCCAAGGUUUUAUCAAAUCCCAAGUCGGGAGGACUGUGUGAGGGGCAUUUUGGAGCUGGCUCGGAGCUGGGUCUCCAGGAGUCCGCACCACGUCGUGUGGCUGAACUGUAAAGCAGCUUAUGGCUAUGAGUAUUUAUUCACCAACCUGAGUGAGGAGCUGGGAAUCCAGGUUCAUGUGGACAAGCUGGACAUGUUUAAAAACAUGCCUGAUAUCCUGCACCAUCUCACAACGGACAGAAACACCCAGAUCCAUGCCUGUCGCCAUCCAAAGGCAGAAGAGUAUUUUCAGUGGAAUAAACUACCCUGUGGAAUGACUUCCAAAAACCAAACUGUACUCCACACAAUCAGCAUCAAGCCAUCUACCAUGUGGUUUGGAGAGAGGACCAGGAAAACCAACGUGAUCGUGAGGACUGGAGAGAGCUCAUACAGAGCUUGCUUCUCUUUUCACUCCUCUUACAGUGAGAUUAAAGAUUUUUUGAGCUACAUCUGCCCAGUGAAUGUGUAUCCAAAUGUCAUUCCAGUCGGCCUCACUGUGGAUAAGGUCAUGGAAGUUUUAAAGCCUCUAUGCCGAUCUUCCCAAAGUGCUGAACCAAAGUACAAACCACUUGGAAAAUUGAAGAGAGCUAGAACAAUCCAUGUUGACUCAGAGGAAGACGACGAUCUCUUCGAUGACCCUCUACCAACACCCUUAAGGCACAAAAUUUCGUACCAGCUAACUCUUCACCCUGAGGUGUUUUCAAUGAAGGCACUGCCACUAGACCAGCCUGAACUGGGACAGAGCCCAGGGUGCUGCCAAGCAGAGAAUAUUCGGAGUCCUUCUUUGGCUAACUUUAUAGACUGUGAAGAAUCCAACAGUGACAGUGCAGAAGAGCUAGAAACCCCACCCUCACUGCAGGGAGGUGUGGGCCCUGCAACAUUCCCCCAGCAAAAUGCCAACACAGAUGCAGACAUACCACAGUGGGAAGUAUUCUUCAAAAGAAAAGAUGCAAUCACAGAUGAAUGUUUGGAAAACUUACCUUCUUCCAUAGAGACAGGGGGAUCUCAGUCACCAAAGCUCUGCAGCGACUCACCAAAGCUCUGCAGUGACUCUGAUGGAGAAUCUACCCAUAUCUCUUCUCAGAAUUCAUCUCAGUCAACCCAUAUAACAGAUCAAGGAAGUCAAGGCUGGGACAGCCAGUGUGAUACUGUUUUGUUAUCUUCCCAAGAGAAAAGUGGUGGGGAUAGUACCUCUUUGAACAAGGGUGCCUACAAACCAAAAAUCAAAGAGAGUACUUCUGCCCCUCAGACAGAACAGGAUGCGCUCUGUCCACAGGAGACUCACUGUGAUUUGAAAAGCAGAGCUGAAGUAAAUGGAGUCUCUUGCAUUGUAGAACUAGACACUGUGAGUGGCAAGGAAUCUCCACCUGAGAAAACAUUGCUAACCAGCACACAUGCCGACUCACAGAGCUCCUCCGAUUUUGAAAUCCCCUCAACUCCAGAAGCAGAGCUUCCUAAGCCAGAGCAUUUGCAGUACUUAUAUGGGAAAUUGGCAACAGGUGAAAGUAUAGUUGUCAAAAAGGAAAAUGUUCACUUUUAGAUAUUUAAGAAAUAAAUAGCAAGGAUAUCUAGUCUUGAUGUUGCAAUAAAAUGAUAUACAUAAAAGUACUGGGCAACAUUCACAGCUGUGGAUGGGUGUGGCCUGGAUGGUAGACACACUUGUUAGAUCAACCACAAAAAACCUACAUGAAGUGAUACAUCUGUAUAAUAAAAGAUCGACAUGAAAUAUUAAAAGACUGCUCAAAUGAUCUAAAAGAGAAACAGGCUCAAAACCAGCACUGCAUGAGAUGGUAGAACUAAAUCUAAACAUAUAAUCACAUUAAAUGCAAAUGAUAUAAAAAGAUUUAUAAAAAGACAAGAGUCCAAGAAAAAUACAGCCCAACUAUGUGCUGUUUAUAGAAAACACAACUGAAGUGAUGUAAGUUGAAGGUGAAGGACAGACCAUGUAAAUAAGUUAGAAAGCCAGAAUGAUACAGUAGGAGCAGACACCAUCGUCUAACUCACCAAGAUGUAAUGUUAAUGCUCUUGCCUAGAAUGUAUGAAGCCCUAGGUUCAGUCCCCAGUACUGCUCUCCACAAGAGACCAAACAAUACCGAUACAAAACAUUUAACAUGCUUUUCUUAGAGAACCAGUGUACACAGCAAAUCUGUAAGACAAGAACUGACCACCAGCAACUGGAUCUGGUAGACGAGGAUUUUACUUCAUAGCAGAAUACAUCUCUUCAAGUAUACAAGGACCACAUAGUCUGUAUCUUGAAUCACUACAAGCAGUCUAGAAUAAAGGUGGGAUCUAUUAUAGUAAACUGAUAGCAGGGGGUAAACCAGGCCCUUAUUAACCUGUAUCACAUUAAGACCUAGGGACAGGCAAGGCUGGAAAGAUGGAUGGCUUAGCAGUUUAGAGCACUUGUUGGUUUUGUGGGGACCCAGGUUUGGUUCCUACAUCCAUAUGGUGGCUCACAACUGUCUGUAACUCCAUUCCAGGGGAACCAUGUGGUGCACAUACAGACAGACAGGCAAAAGACUCAUACAUAAAACAAAAAUCUUAAAAGCUACCAGCACGCUAGGCAAGGCUGUGUUUUAGAAGCUGAAACUGGGGGAACUUGAGUUGGAGGUCAAGCCUGGGCAAUGUACAUAGCAAGUGCUUAUUUCAGAACAUAAAUCUGUUCCCAAUGCAAUGAUACCAUUGGAACUACAACAGAAUGCAAAGGAAAAGACUUAAAUGUUUAACAUGCAUGUUCUAUGAAUUGUUAAAGUGCCUUAAAGUACAAUGCUUUUGUAUUGAUAUAUAUGGAUUAAUAAACCUUUAUAAACAUUUUCAUAA